AUGCGCAAAAGGAUGGCCCAUUUUCUGAAUCAGAAGAGGAGCCUUUUGGAUGUGCUCUACGUGUAUUUGUCUGUUUCUGUAGUUCACUCCUACAACAUUGACUUAGAACAUCCUAUUGUGUUCGGUGGACCUGACUCGAGUUUCUUUGGAUAUUCUGUUCUGGAGCACUAUCAUGACAAUACGCGCUGGUAAGUCUCAUAGGCUACCUGUUUACUCUUGAUAGCCUAUAACGCCUAGUAUAUAUCUUAUAGUGACUGUUAUUGCAAUGGGGACUGUUCAUGCACUGAUGUAUCCGCCCUUGGACAUGAAUGGCACAGUUUGGUUGUUGCGCAAUUCUUAUGGAUUGUAUUUGGGGCAUUCAGAUUUGUGCGCGCUGCGUCGCCUGCAUGCAGUUGUUGAAAGAAUAGCCUAGCCUGCAUGCAUUUGAUGAAAGAAUAGCCUAGCCUGCAUGCAGUUGUUUAAAAAAUAGCCUAAUGUGAGCUAUAGCCUACAAAGUAAAUAAAUAUCAUUUUCUAAAACAAUAGACUUACUCAAUUGACAGUGUGUGGAUGAAGUUUGCUCAAUAGUCUACUGCUGCGCGUAAACGCCUUCCUCUUGUUUCAUAAAACAGUCGAUUGUCUUAUGUCAACAGUUUGAUUGAUGUGCAGUAUUUAAGAAUGUGCAUGUAAUUAGGUUUAUUUUUGACAUUUUUUCUGUAGCAGCCUAGCUGACCUGUCCAAGAUUCCAGCAUGUAGCCAAAGCUGAAGUGAUCAUGUCCCCAUAGUGGUCACAACUCCCACCAUUGUCUUCAUUGUCAUGAGUCAGUUUGCUGAUGCCAUGACUGACCUAUAUACCCAGGGGUGGAGUCACUCGGGAACUCACCCAUGUUACAUUUUAGAAUUCACCUUAGAAAGCAGAUUUUCACAUCAAAAUCAUUUCACUUUGGGAACUCGGCUACCAUAUUUGUCUUGAACAUGGGGGGAAUUACUCUGUUCUAGAGUGGGCCUUAUGAAGACGAUUAUGAGAUGUCAUCAUGUGACUUUACUGUGACAGCCCACUGGGCACAGAAGUCAAUUCAACUUCUAUUCCAUGUUGGUUCGACAUAAUUUAAUUGAAAUGAUGUGGAAACAACAUUGAUUCAACCAGUGUGCCCAGUGGGAGGAUGUGUGUUAUCAACAUUAUCCUUCAUGCUGGGUGACAGCCACCCUUAGUCUCUUUAUACAAGGUGUUCUUCUCCUCCUCCUGCUCUUCUUCUUCACAACGUCACGUGACUGUGUGACAGGAUGUAUUUGGUUUACUAAUUUACACUGUGUGGUUCACACAAUGUCCCUCCCAUUGUUUCUGUAUACAGGGUGCUGAUAGGGCCCCGCAAGGCCAACUCGUCCUACUACAGCAGUCCUUCUUCUUGUAGUUGUUGUUCUUCUUCUUGACUGCUGUGACAGGAUGUGUUGCGUUUACACUGUUUACAAACUAUGUUUUGUUUCUGUCUACAGGGUGCUGGUAGGGGCACCCAAGGCAAACUCUUCAUACAGCAGCUCGGUUCACACCCCGGGAGCCGUGUUCAAGUGCCGUGUCCACAGCAACCCAGAGAGACGCUGCACUGAGAUGGACCUAGGCAGAGGUCAGUACUCAACCACAGACCACACAGUCACCAGGGACCACAGUAGAGCCAUAUGGAUAACCACAGACCAACCACAAACUAUAUUGACCCUUAGGACCAGAGCCUUCUGUUAAGUAUAACCCCCAGACCCCCAGGACUCAAGACUGGAGGCUUCUAUGUAUAGAGGGCUCUGCUCAGAGCUCAGAGCUACUGGCCGUGCAUACAAGAAACAACCACACAGACAUACCCCAACUCAAUAUUAGGAUGUUCUUAAUGUUUUGAACACCCAGUGUAUAUUGCCCACAGGCUUUAAUGGGAUGAUUUUGACCAUAUUUGAUUAAUUAGGGGCGUUUCAAAAUACAAAUAGCCAAGGUCGUGCACUGAGGUUGAGAACAAUUGGUAUGUAUCAACGUUUAUCUCCUACCGGUGUGUGUAUGACGCUCGUAGGAUUGUUUGAUAAAUCACACAUUUUCUAUGUGUAUGAACAUUCUAAAUUCUGUUCGUAAGUAGUAUUUUAGAAUGGUUUCUACGCAAUAUUUAUAAAUGAGGCCCAUGGAUCACAACCUUCUACAGAGAACUACUGACCAUAGACACAGGACAGCUGACUAUAGACAGACAGGACAACUGACCAUAGACAGACAGGACAACUGACCAUAGACAGACAGGACAACUGACCAUACACAGACAGGAUAACUGACCAUACACAGACAGGACAACUGACCAUACACAGACAGGACAACUGACCAUAGACAGACAGGACAACUGACCAUAGACAUACAUGCCAACUGACCAUAGACAGACAGGACAACUGACCGUAGACAGACAGGACAACUGACCAUAGACCGACAGGACAACUGACCGUAGACCGACAGGACAACUGACCGUAGACAGACAGGACAACUGGCCAUAGACAGACAGGACAACUGGCCAUAGACUGACAGGACAACUGACCAUACACAGGCAGGACAACUGACCAUAGACAGGCAGGACAACUGACCAUAGACAGACAGGACAACUGACCAUAGACAGACAGGACAACUGACCAUAGACCGACAGGACAACUGACCAUAGACAGACAGGACAACUGACCAUAGACAGACAGGACAACUGACCAUAGACAGACAGGACAACUGACCAUAGACAGACAUGACAACUGACCAUAGACAGACAGGACACCUGACCAUAUACAGACAGGACAACUGACCAUACACAGACAGGACAACUGACAACACUAACCACAAGACCUGAGUAUUUCAAAUAGACAGCUACAGUCUUUAACAUUGGUCCUUUUACUUAUAAAUAAUAAAGACAUCCAGAAAGAGAGAAAAUUCUCAGUGUGCUAGAAGUCCAGAAAUAUUUUGAUAGGUAUGAUUAAUGUUUUAGCUAAUAUUUUCCAAGUGGUUGUGCCAGAAGGUUUUCUGCAGUUCCUAUUCUUGUGGACAAGAGAGAGAAGCUUUAUGUUGGUUUAAUAGAAACCCCCACUUACCCCUCUCUGUCACCAAGAAGCGUCAGGCCAGACGCUGUAUAUAUAUAUAUAUUUUCUGUUGUAUUUUUGACUUUAUGUUUUGUUUUACCCCAUAUGUAACUCUGUGUUGUUGUUUUUAUCGCACUGCUUUGCUUUGCUUUAUCUUGGCCAUGUCGCAGUUGUAAAUGAGAACUUGUUCUCAACUGGCUUACCUGGUUAAAUAAAGGUUAAAUACAAAUAAAUAAAUAAAUAAAAGACAUGGGGUCCUGUUGCAGUGCUCCUUCUCCCCCUCUGUCCCUCUGGUCUCUCUCCCCCUCUGUCCCUCUGGUCUCUCUCCCCCUCUGUUUCUGUUUCUCUCGCUCCCCCUUCACGCUCGCUCUCUCUCUCUCUCUCUCUCUCUCUCUCUCUCUCUCUCUCUCUCUCUCUCUCUCUCUCUCUCUCUCUCUCUCUCUCUCUCUCUCUCUGUCUUUCUCUCUCUCUCUCUCUCCCUGUCUCUCUCCCUCCCUGUCUCUCUCUCUUGAUCGCUCCUAUUCUUUCUCCCCGUCUCUCUCUCUCACACACACCACACGACACACACACCACACGACACGACACGACAGACACACGACACACACACACCACACGACAGACACACCACACGAAACACACACACACCACACAACACACACACACCAUACGACAGACAGACACGGCACACACACACAUACAGAGAGAGAGCUACCAUGAAUCACGGCAGACAGAGGGAGUUCAGCCCUAGGGUGCCUCAGAGAAAAUAUUAGCGUUGAACUCUGGAAAUAGCGUCAAUUAUAACUUUUCUUAUUUACACUGAAUGCUCCAGUAAAUCUGUGUGUGAAUCACAAAUGGCACCCUGUUUCCUAUAUAGCCUAGUGCACUACUUUACACCAAAGCCCUAUGGGGCCUGGUCAAAAGUGCACUAUAUAGGGCAUAGGGUGCAAUUGGGGACACAGCCUGUGAUCUGAGACAGGAGGCAGAGGAACUGAACCUUUUAAGGGCACCCAUGCUGCUAAAGGAGAGAGAGAUCAGCCCACUGCUUUUUUCUAAAGUUAAGUUAGAUUCAGACUCUGUAAAAGCAGUGCCUUGAUUGCAGGAUUCAUCUUGUGAUGUCUAUGUCUGCUAAUUUACCCAACAGAUCCUAAUUUACUUUAUUUGCCCGGUUAAGUGCAUUCUUGUUAAAGUGUGUUCCUUUCUUACUGCUGUUUACUCCUUGCAGUCAUGUCUUAAUGGCACUAAUGUUUUUAUGUCUUGGUCUGCGUCCCAAAUGGUACCCUAGGUCCUGGUCAAAUGUAGUGCACUACGUAGGCAAUAGGGGUGCCAUUUGGGAGGGGACACAGUCUUACUCCUUUCUCAGACAUUCCUUAGGUCUUUUUGAUUUUCAUUAACAUUUAUGAAUUGCUUAAAGUUGCUGAGACAGAGAGCAAAUGGACAUAGAGGCCUAGAAGCCAGUCAAAAUAUAGCCCAGCACCAUCAAGCCACUUGUAUCUGUUAGCAAACAUGAAAUAACUGGGCAGCUCCUUUGGCCUAGAGUUCUGCUACACACUCUGUAAUUAUUAAACAGGGUAGGAUGACCUUACAGUGAUUCUGUCCUAAAUGGCACCCUAUUCCCUACAUAGUGCAUUACUUUUAACCAGAGCUCUAUACACACACACACACACACACACACACACACACACACACACACACACACACACACACGACAAUCUGGGCUGCAGUCUGGGAUUUAGGCCAUAUCUGUUGACCCAAGAGUUGUUUGUUUGGUGUCAACACUGAUUUAAAAAAAAAAAAAAAGGCUGUCUGGUAUUCAGAUCAUUACAAGGAACUUGACAUGGGACAUUUUCCUGCAGUCUCAAAUUGGAAGACUGUUCAAUAGUGAACCAGGGUGGAACCCAGGAUGUAUGGAUGCCAUAAGACUGUGUUAGCUUGAUGAGCUAAAGCCAAGGCAUUAUCUCAGGGCAGCUAACACAAGUCCUCAGACCUCAAGCAAGGUCAAUCAUCAUCGGAGCAUAGCUCACCGAACCACGUCAGCUACAUCUACAAAAACAAAACAGAUGAAAGAUCAACAUUAGAACUAGUUUGUUAGAACUGUAUUAGAGACUUGUCUCUAGGCAUCCCUUUUAUCUGUUGAGUCUUUGUUAAAUAUUACAGUCAUUGUUAACACACUGCUGUCUUCUGUCUGUCUCCUGUAGGGAACAAGCCCAGGGAGUCUUGUGGGAAGACGUGCCAGGGAGACAGGGAUGAUGAGUGGAUGGGGGUCAGCCUCGCCCGGCAGGACAAAUCCAACGGAAAAAUACUGGUGAGUUCAAAGUUCACAGUACGACCCUGAUCAUCUGUUUUAAUCUGUUUCAUCUGUGUCUACCGAAGCAUGCACUUGUACACUCUCUGUCAUGGAUUUGAAAGCAUUGGAUUGAUGUACGCAGUUACUUCAGCAAUUGUUUAACACAAACCAUGUAUGCUUGCAAAAGCUGCCGGGUUUAAACCACCAUCAUUGUUACAAAUGUCUUUCCUUGAACCACAUAGUUAAACCCCAGCUUUUCCUAAUAUCAAAAUGCUCCUUAACAGGCAAAUGCAUGUUUUAUUCCAUUCUUUGGUUUUCAAGUAGAGGCACAUGUUUUUGGCAAUGCAGCAUGAUUGUUUUGAAUUGGAUAAGUGGACACAACUUAAUUCCAAAUAAUUUACUUAUACGACACAGCGACUGUGAAAAUACAAAAAAAAAUCCUUCUUUGUUUAUUUGUUUUAUUUGUGAGUUUGUGUGUGUUUCUGUAUGUGUGUGCCUGUGUGUUUGUGUGCAGCUGUGCGUGUGUGUGUGUCUGUCUUUCUGUGUGUGCAUGUGCGUGAGAUGUGCAUGUAAAAAUCUAUGUUUUCUUGUAAUGGUUAUUGUCGAAGAUAGCUGUGAACCAUGCAUGCCGCUAUCAUUCUGUUAGCAGUUGAAGUUAAAAACACCUAUGUAAUCUUAAAGCAAUCAACAGACCAACUAUUUGCAGUACUAAUCUCUGAAGUGCUAGCGUGGCCGUGGGUCUUUACUCCAGGGUCUCUUUUUGGCGCUUUACUCCCAGAUCAGAGGGCAGCUGGCUGGGUUUGUUUAGGCUUCAGUCCCUGGCCCCUCCACGGUGGUGGUCUCCUAACCUUACUUUCAUGAAGUGUUAACUCCUGCACCCUGCAGUGGGCGAUGAAAGGACCAAGCCUCUCUCUUUGGCCCUGAAGCCUGUCUAUGGCCCUGGGGGACAUUCCAUGGCCAUGAGACUGGCUGGACGGUUUGGAGGCAGGCUGGAGUUGUCCGUAGUGGGCCGAAGGACACUUGUAAGGGCUAUAAACCCAUGUAGAGAAAUAGACAGAGUAGAAGGACACUUGUAGCCUCUCUUGGCCUUGUGUAGAGACAGUCUGUAAACACCUCUGGCAGGUGUCAAUGUGUUGACACACUUGUUGAUAGGCUUCCCACCUCAUGGGAGUUGGAGGAAUCUUGAGAAUUUGUGUUCAAACCUACUGUAUGUUUUUUGCUAUGGUCAUUCUCCAUUUCAAUGCUUCCAUUAUCUGAUCAUUGCGGAGGGAUUAUAUUUGCAUGAUGUUCAAACCCCUUCCAAUGGUUAUUAUGCGUGAAUGAUAACAGAUAAAGAGAUUUAGGAGUGGUUUGUCUUGGGUAAUGUAUUCAAAUCAAAUUUAUUGGUCACAUACACAUGGUUAGCAGAUGUUAUUGCGUGUGUAGCGAAAUGCUUGUGCUUCUAGUCCCGACAGUUCAGCAAUAUCUAGCAAGUAAUAUCUAACAGUUCCACAACAAAAACCUAAUACACACAAAUCUAAGUAAAGGAAUGGAAUAAGAAUAUAUAAAUAUAUGGUUGAGAAAUGUCAUUAUCAGAGUGGCAUAGGCUAAGAUGCAAUUGAUAGUAUAGAAUACACUAUAUACAUAUGAGAUGGGUAAUGCAAGAUAUGUAAACAUUAUUAAGAUAGUAUAAAAUACAGUAUAUACAUAUGAGAUGGGUAAUGCAAGAUAUAUAAACAUUAUUAAAAUUGCAUUAUUAAAGUGACCUAGUGUUCCAUUUAUUAAAGUGGCCAGUGAUUUUCAAGUCUGUAUGUAGGCAGCAGCCUCUCUGUGCUAGUGAUGGCCGUUUUUCAGUCUCUUGGUCCCAGCUUUGAUGCACCAGUAUUAUAGUUGUUUGUAGGUGAUGGCUGUUUUCUUAAGACCUUAUCCCUUUGAGAAAAAAAAAGGACUCAUCAAAUUAGGCCGUCAUUGUAAAUAAGAAUUUGUUCUUAACUGACUUGCCUAGUUAAAUAAAGGUAAUAUAUAUAUAUAUAUAUAUAUAUAUAUAUAUAUAUAUAUAUAUAUAUAUAUAUUUGAAAUUAAGUGAUACCAAAAUGUUAGUUAAGGCCAGGCACCACAGGCUGAAAUGACAUUUUUGACAUUAAUUUUGAGAUUUGUUGGUAUUUUGGUCCAUUAAUAUAAAUAUUUUCAAAAAGUAAACAUACAAAUGUCAAAAACUUUAUGAACAUUUAGAUUUUCUUUAGUUUAUCAUACUACUGUCAUCAAAAAUGUUAUGACUUUUGGUCUAAGGCACUGCAUCGCAGUGCUAACUGUGCCACUAGAGAUCCUGGUUCGAAUCCAGGCUCUGUCGCAGCCGGCCGCGACCGGGAGACUCAUGGGCGGCGCACAAUUGGCCCAGCGUCGUCCAGGGUAGGGGAGGGAAUGGCCAGCAGGGAUGUAGCUCAGUUGAUAGAGCAUGGCGUUUGCAACGCCAGGGUUGUGGGUUCAAUUCCCACGGGGGGCCAGUAUAAAAAAAUAUGUAUUCACUAACUGUAAGUCGCUCUGGAUAAGAGCGUCUGCUAAAUGACUAAAAUGUAAAAUGUAAUCACUAAAAGGGACAUACAUAAAUAUUUUCAAAGCUCAUUAAAUUACACAUCAUUUAAAAGCCCAUUUCAUACCGUGUUACAAACUGGACUAUAUUUAGUAACUUACUUUGAAGGGAUGGUGAUUGGGACUAAAUAGGCAUUUGUUGUAGUCUAAAUUCAGUGUACUUGUCUUUAACUGCCAUUUCCCGAAAGUCUGAUUCUUCCAACAUGCCAACACAUUUUUCUCAGCUUCAGAAGCAUCUGCAUUCACCAAAUGUUGUGUGGCUAUCCUUAGAUAUAUUCUCCAGACUUGCCCGGAGGGAGUUAUUGAUAUUUUGUAAAUGUUUUAUUCUAGAUAAAAGUAUCUUUGAAGAAAUGCGCCAAAAGAGAUAGAAAGAUGAAGAAAAGUAUUUAUCCAAAAGUCUGGUCCUGGAGUGUCUUAGCGAAAUUAAACAAAAAUAUUUCGGCUGAUUUGUGUGAUAUGCAAAUAUGAAAUAUUUAAUGACAUAUAUCAUUUGCAUAUUUUAAUAACACAUUUCAAAAAUACAAUUAUACAAAAAAGUAUUUCAUUUGUGUCUACAUUCAACUGGUAAAAGUUGAUUGUGAUAUGAUUAAGGGUAAAAAAUUACCAUAUGAAGGUUUGGUGCCUGGCCUUAACUUUUACAGCAAAUCAAGUGGCAGAUUGUCCAAGUAGUUGUUUUAAACUCCCCAGCAGGUUUGGUAAUAACAGAAUGAUAGUGAAGUUCCAGAGCCACGUGUUCAUGGGCCCCUGUAGAGGUACGCUGUGUAUAGACAUAUCUCAGGAUCAAACUACUAUCCAUUCUGAGGGGAGCAGGUUGAUAACAUUUGUUUUUCAUGUGGACUCACGUUUCUCUGCAAGAGGAGAGCACCGGCUUCUUGGCAGAUGUCGCUCUGUGCUGUAUGUAUCAAGCGUCUCAUAGUAGGAGUGCUGAUCUAGGAUCAGUUUUGUCUUUUAGAUCACAAUGAAUAAGAUUACAUUGACAGGGGGUACUUGAUCCUAGAUCAGCACUCCUACUCUGAGAUACAUACAGCCCCUGAAGUACAGUUAUUUCAACCGUGUGUUGCUGAAGGAAAGCCUAAAGUUUAACCAAUCAGCUGUGUUUAACUGAAAGUCUAAACCAAUCAGCUCUCAGACUGGACAGCAACAUGUGUGACAAUGGAACAGUUCCAUAUUUGGUCUCUGAUUCUGGCAGAGAAACAAAACAUUAACAUUAUGGUCUUACUAGUUUAUUACUUGUUUAUAAUAUACUGGUACAGUGAGUCAGGCCUGUUUGUGUUGUAGUACUGAAUAUGAUUUAGUAGCAAGCUUGUUGGAGCACCAGUAGUACUGCUAGUGUUGUAGGCCAGACUGCUCUGCUCUGAAACACGUUUUUUCCAACACAGCCAUACUUCUGCUAGACAGUCAUCUGAUGCUCUCUCUCUCUGUGCCCACAAUCUGCUGCACAACUCUUCUACCCGCUUCAAUAGGCUGUGUAACAAUGUGGACUGGAGUUAUCCUCCAGUAUGAUGGGGAAAAAGAGCUGAACUUUGUGUCUGUGUGUGUGUGAAUGUGUGCAUGUGGAAAACCGUUGAGAAUAUAACUCUCCCCAUGAGCACCCAAAGGAACCCUGACCACUAUCCCCACUGGGUUCUAAGACCAGUGGUGGAAAAAGUACCCAAUUGUCAUACUUGAGUAAAAGUAAAGAUACCUUAACAGAAAAUGACUCAAGUAAAAGUCACCCAGUAAAAUUCUACUUUAGUAAAGUGAAAGGAUAUGGUUAAAAAUAUUAUUAAGUAUCAAAAGUAAAUGUAAUUGCUAAAAUAUACUUAAGUAUCAAAAGUAAAAGUAUAAAUCAUUUCAAAUUCCUUAUAUUAAGCAAACCAGACGGCACAAUUUUAGAUUUUUUUAUUUAUUUACAGAUAGCCAGGGGCACACCAACACUCAGACAUCAUUUACAAACUAAGCAUGUGUGUUUAGUGAGUACGCCAGAUCAGAUGCAGUAGGGAUGACCAGGGAUGUUCUGUUGAUACAGUGGGGGAAAAAAGUAUUUAGUCAGCCACCAAUUGUGCAAGUUCUCCCACUUAAAAAGAUGAGAGAGGCCUGUAAUUUUCAUCAUAGGUACACGUCAACUAUGACAGACAAAUUGAGAUUUUUUUUCUCCAGAAAAUCACAUUGUAGGAUUUUUAAUGAAUUUAUUUGCAAAUUAUGGUGGAAAAUAAGUAUUUGGUCACCUACAAACAAGCAAGAUUUCUGGCUCUCACAGACCUGUAACUUCUUCUUUAAGAGGCUCCUCUGUCCUCCACUUGUUACCUGUAUUAAUGGCACCUGUUUGAACUUAUCAGUAUAAAAUACAUCUUUCCACAACCUCAAACAGUCACACUCCAAACUCCACUAUGGCCAAGACCAAAGAGCUGUCAAAGGACACCAGAAACAAAAUUGUAGACCUGCACCAGGCUGGGAAGACUGAAUCUGCAAUAGGUAAGCAGCUUGGUUUGAAGAAAUCAACUGUGGGAGCAAUUAUUAGGAAAUGGAAGACAUACAAGACCACUGAUAAUCUACCUCGAUCUGAGGCUCCACGCAAGAUCUCACCCUGUGGGGUCAAAAUGAUCACAAGAACGGUGAGCAAAAAUCCCAGAACCACACGGGUGGACCUAGUGAAUGACCUGCAGAGAGCUGGGACCAAAGUAACAAAGCCUACCAUCAGUAACACACUACGCCGCCAGGGACUCAAAUCCUGCAGUGCCAGACGUGUCCCCCUGCUUAAGCCAGUACAUGUCCAGGCCUGUCUGAAGUUUGCUAGAGUGCAUUUGGAUGAUCCAGAAGAGGAUUGGGAGAAUGUCAUAUGGUCAGAUGAAACCAAAAUAGAACAUUUUGGUAAAAACUCAACUCGUCGUGUUUGGAGGACAAAGAAUGCUGAGUUGCAUCCAAAGAACACCAUACCUACUGUGAAGCAUGGGGGUGGAAACAUCAUGCUUUGGGGCUGUUUUUCUGCAAAGGGACCAGGACGACUGAUCCGUGUAAAGGAAAGAAUGAAUGGGGCCAUGUAUCGUGAGAUUUUGAGUGAAAACCUCCUUCCAUCAGCAAGGGCAUUGAAGAUGAAACGUGGCUGGGUCUUUCAGCAUGACAAUGAUCCCAAACACACCGCCCAGGCAACGAAGGAGUGGCUUCGUAAGAAGCAUUUCAAGGUCCUGGAGUGGCCAACCCAGUCUCCAGAUCUCAACCCCAUAGAAAAUCUUUGGAGGGAGUUGAAAGUCCGUGUUGCCCAGCGACAGCCCCAAAACAUCACUGCUCUAGAGGAGAUCUGCAUGGAGGAAUGGGCCAAAAUACCAGCAACAGUGUGUGAAAACCUUGUGAAGACAUACAGAAAACGUUUGACCUGUGUCAUUGCCAACAAAGGGUAUAUAACAAAGUAUUGAGAAACUUUUGUUAUUGACCAAAUACUUAUUUUCCACCAUAAUUUGCAAAUAAAUUCAUUAAAAAUCCUACAAUGUGAUUUUCUGGAUUUUCUUUUCUCAUUUUGUCUAUCAUAGUUGACGUGUACCUAUGAUGAAAAUUACAGGCCUCUCUCAUCUUUUUAAGUGGGAGAACUUGCACAAUUGGUGGCUGACUAAAUACUUUUUUCCCCCACUGUAAGUGCGUGAAUUGGACCAUUUUCCUGUCCUGCUAAGCAUUCAAAAUGUAACGAGUACUUUUGGGAGUCAAUGAAAAUGUAUGGAGUAAAAAGUACAAUCUUUUCUUAAGGAAUGUAUUUAAGUAAAAGUAGUCAAAAAUAUAAAUAGUAAAGUACAGAUACCCCCAAAAAACGACUUAAGUAUUUUUACUUAAGUACUUUGCACCACUGUCUAAGACUGCAUCCCAAAUGACACCCUAUUCAUUUUACAUUUUAGUCAUUUAGCAGACGCUCUUAUCCAGAGCGACUUACAGUUAGUGAGUGCAUACAUUUUCAUACUGGCCCCCCGUGGGAAACAAAUCCACAACCCUGGCUUUGCAAGCGCCAUGCUCUACCAACUGAGCUACAGGGGGAUGUAUUCCCUAGAUAGAUAGUGCACUACUUUUGACCAGAAGUACUUUAUAAUAUAAUAAUAUAUAUAAUAUGCCAUUUAGCAGACGCUUUUAUCGAAAGCGACUUACAGUCAUGCAUGCAUACAUUUUAUUUUUUUGUGUAUGGGUGGUCCCGGGGAUCGAACCCACUACCUUAGCGUUACAAGCGCCGUGCUCUACCAGCUGAGCUACAGAGGACCACUUUGAUCAAAGUAGUGCACUAUCUAGGGAACAGGUUGUCAUUUGUAAUGUAAUCUAAAUUCUGACCACAUUUCUGUGGCACCAUUUGUGCAAAGAAGCUUGGAGGCUGCUGCCAUAGUUUCCUAUUAAAAACCCCUAAGGUCGAUGUCCGCGCCCCUGCGGAAAUCGAAUUAGCAUAAUACAAAACUCCCCAUAGAAAUCUGUCAGUUUAAGCUAGAGAUAUCUGUUUUGCAUUUGUUGCGUCUCAAUCCACCGCAUCCGCCUAUGUCACACUUCCGCAUCUGAGGUGAAAGGUGACAGAGCUAGAGCGGUGUUUGUCAGACCAUGAGACAUCCCAAAAAUCGGUCUUCUCACAAAAUCUGUAGUGUCCGAACGGUUUGGGCUACAAACUAAUAUGACCCCUCUGUGGAAAGGUGAGACUCUCACGAACACGGACAUGUUGUUUUGCUCUAGGAUGCCCACAGGCCUCACAAGACUUCUCUGAAGGUCCCCCAGUACCAGUUGAAAAAUAUUAUGGAAGUAUAUAUGGAGAUUUAUUAGUGCCAAUAAUAAGGGGUUAAAUACAUGUAAAAAUAAAAUUAAAAAGAUGUUUCCUGAUAUUUAUUAUAUCUCUCAGAUAUAGGACAGACACUUCAGAACAAACUUCCUUUAGAUUUUUUUUGGGGGGGACUAUCUGUUGUUCCAUGUAGUGAAUCUGUUAUUCAAUGUGUUUGUAUGGGCUAAUAGUAGUAUGGCCAAAUAUAUAUAUUUUUUAAAUAAUAUUUUUUGAUAUUAUAAGGGUCUUAAAAUUCAAUAUCAAAUAGCUGAAUGAUCCUUGGUAUGACCUUCUUAAAACAGUCCAUAUAGCUUAUUAUACAACGGGUGAGUCUAAUCCUGAAUGCUGAUUGGUUAAAACUGCAUUCCAGCCAGUGUCUAUUCCACAAGUUACCACCGGCUAAAUCUAUGACGUUAAGAUGCCUAUUUACUCUGUUCCGUCUGACUGCGCAAUCCACUGUCUCAUCAGCCCAGCAAGGCAAUUUAUAAACUUGAUCUCCACUAUAAAAAGCAUCUAAACAUUAUCUCACAUUUCUUUUAGACUAACAUUUAGUUUUCAACAGCAAAGAUUUGUAUAAACCUAGCUGUUUGUCUCUCCGACAUUUGCAACAUUGUUUCAAUAUUCAAAUUUGAUCUCCAGCUGUCACAUAGUAAUGAACGUGUUGGGAUGAGACAGACAGGCAGCUUUUCUCAGCCAGUCGAAAUCAUGAAUCAGAAUAUUGUAUGGAUAUAUACAAAUUAAUAUCAAUAGAAAACAGGUCAAACGAAACGAAGUGCAGCUAGUUUUCAGUCUUUACAACUUCAGUUUGAAGUGAUUGUGUUAGCUGUGUUUUUAGCUAGCUCCUCUGAACAACAGUGUCCUUACUAGAGAGCACAUUUUCAAUGCCAAGUGAAAUUGUGCAUCAUUAGCUCAUUGUUAUGGAUGUAUCCAAAUAUAUGUCACUAGAAAAUAGCUUAAACAAAUGCAAAUGAAGCUACUUUGUUGUUAUUCUGGCUGCACUGUUUGAUGUGACUGUAAGUUAGCCAUAGUUGGCUAGCUAGCAAGCAAGGGAUGAGAACGUUGCCAGCCAGUAUGGCAAUAGAACAUUUAGAACGAACGACUGGGUCGCGUCCAUAGAUGCAGAACAAAAAGACUGAACGACUUGGUCGCAUCUCUAGCAACCGAACCGAUUGAACAUCGACCAGCCGGCUUGGGUAGCAACACUAGAUUUGUGUCGGGACUAUAUCUUGUGGAAGGAUGAAAUAGUAUUAAUAAAUUAAUCAAAAUAAUGGUUUUAAUGAAAAUAUGUCAAUCAUUAUUUGAAUAUGUUGGUAAGCCCUGUCUUAGAAGGGGCUUAGACUCUUAUGGGUUAACUUAAAACACACACACACACGUUUGUUUUGCUAUCCUUGUGGGGACCAAAACAUUUAUUCCCAUUGAAAAUCCUAUUUUCCCUAAUCCCUAACCCUUAACCUAACCUUAACCCCUAACCCUAAUUGUAACCCUAACCCUAAACUUAACCCCUAAGCCUAAAAUAGCCUUUUUUCUUGUAGGGACCGGCACAUUUUCUUUGUUUUACUAUCCUUGUGAGAACUUCUGGUCCCCACAAGGAUAGUAAAACCAAACCUUACACACAUAUACACACACACACAAAGAGAUCGAGAUAGUUCUGGAAUGUUUAUCCAAAAUGCAAGAGGCUAAGGGAUUAUUUAGAGGAACACUUUCAACACUCAAUAUUAAUGAAGAAAACAACUUUCUGGGACAGAAGGAAUUUCAAUGCUUUACUCCCUAUCCAGACUCACACUAACAUAACAGAAACAGCACUAUAACGUUUUGAACAUGAACUUGAAAUUGAGGUCACUUCUUUAAAAAAAAGGUUAUUAUGAUUUACAGUGCUUAUCUAUUUACGUCUGUGAGUUGGGGUAUACGAGAAUUAGCCACGGGAUGGUUUUUCAAUACCGUCAAUACCGUAUAUAUUUUUUUCUUUGAAGUAUUUUAAUAAAUGUGAAUAUUUGUAGCUACUUUUUAAGUAAAUACCUGCGGUCAACUUGUGCAAUACGUUAGGAGAUAAAGAAGAUUGCAUUCUUCAUUUCACCUGUCACAUAAUUAUUCAUUAUGAAGCUUACCAGUAGACCCCCGUCACGUGGUGUUUGUUUACAAGCACACAACGACAAGAGACCGGAACCUUGUGAGUCACUCACUGUUGUGCAGCAUGCGCCAGGUGAUCUAGUUAAAGUAUGGAAUUCACAACUACAUUUUGCCAGCUAGAUAUCUUAUAACUAUUAAGUUAACUGUCUAAAAUGUGCUAUCUAAAAUGGCUAUAGGGUGAACGCACCAAUUUGUGAGUCGCUCUGGCUAAGAGCGUCUGCUAAAUGACGUUAAUGUGCCCUUGAGCAAGGCACUUAACCCUAAUUGCUCCUGUAAGUCGCUCUGGUUAAGAGCGUCUGCUAAAUGACUAAAAUGUAAAUGUAAAUGUAAGUGGUUAGAGUCUUGCGAAAUCAAGCUUUCGCUUGGUAACAGCAGAGAAUCCCCUCCUGGAUCAAGAGCCUUGCUGUCUAACUGCUUGUAGCAUUUUUGAGUCACUUGUAUAACUUUAUGAGCUGGGAUGUCUGUCCUGCAAAUAGUUUUGUUAGAAAUUGCGUAAUUCAAAUCUGGUAUUGGAAUAAGAAUCAAGAGAUCUUCAAUCCAAGCUUAAUUUAUUAUAUGCAAAAUGUAUGUAUGAUAAGUAUGAAGGUUCGUAUAUACGGGUCCGCUGAGAUACCAUGCAGGGCACUCUGAGAACUGAUCCAUUGUUCUAAGUUCUUCUUCAAAUACUCUGACAGAAAGCCUCUACCUCUUCUGUUGGCCAACCAGAGCAAAGGACUGAGUGUGGUCCAGACUCCAUUCAGCCAAUCCGUUGGCGCAGGGGUUGGUCCCAACUCCUCGGCACUCCAUUUGUUGCCAGGCAUAGUUGCUAUGAUAAUAACCUGCGGAGUCAGCACCGAAAAGACACCAUUCCACUGUACUCCAUGUUCAAGGACAGUUUCACAGACUACAAAGAGAGAGUGUUCGUAUCUGUAAGAAAUACAAGUCUUAUCUGUCCUACCCCUAACGUUCCCCACAUGAAUAACAGCCUGUUAUGUGAAACAAUCCAUAUCAGUACAGUGCUCCUCAUUAAUGCAUUCCUUCCAAGCUAUUCAUCACAUACAGAUCCAAUUAUGAGAAAAAUAAAACCCAACAGUUUAGGUCAAAGACUGUAUAAAAUUUUCGCAAUGCGCUCGUUAACAUUUAGUUAGCAUUCGCUAUGGGAUAGUACAUGUAUUUGUUAGCAUUGCUCGGGCUCCCGAGUGGCGCAGCGGUCUAAGGCACUGCAUCUCAGUGCUUGAGGCGUCACCCUGGUUCGAUUCCAGGCUGUAUCACAACCGGCCGUGAUUGGGAGUCCCAUAGGGCGGCGCACAAUUGUCGUCCGGGUUUGGCCGGUGUAGGCCGUCAUUGUAAAUAAGAAUUUAUUACCGAAUAUCCUGGGAUGGCACAAGGUCGGUAUGAAGGUAUGACAAUCUGGUACCGCCCAAGCCUAGUGUAAAGAACUUUUAGGAACUCAGUUGAGGAGCAGUGUAGAGAACACUGUAGCUCAGUUGGUAGAGCAUGGUAGAGCAUUGUGUUGGUAGAGCAUUGUGCUUGCAACACCAGGAUAGUGGGUUCGAUUCCCGUGUCCACCCAUACUUAAAAUGUAUUCACGCAUGACUGUAAGUCGCUUCGGAUAAAAGCGUCUGCUAAAUGGCAUAUAUAGAACUGGUUAAGGGCUUUUCACACUACUGAACUGAGCCAAACCAAGCUGUACAGAGCUGGCCAGGUUAUUAGAGAUGUGCAUCUUUCCCUUUCAAGACAAUUCAAUACGUAUCUAGAUACAUGGGCUCCGAUAUCAUACAGGAACGGUACAUUUUAGUUUGAAACGAUUCUGGGCAUCUACCACCCACUAUCAGUUAGUUUGCUUUUUGUCCCCCACCCCACCCCCACACUUUUGAUCUGGAAUCACCAUCAGCCACUAAUGAAUUUGUAAUCUUUGCAGAUUAAAAGUGUUAGAGAUAGUAAUGUAUCAAUAUUUAUCUUUAAAAAAUUAUUGCUGUCAUCGUUAUGAUUUUUUCAACUUUACCCUGUAUGUCUAAAAGGGACUAUAUACUGUAUAGGCCUACUUAUUGAUUCAAGCAAAACUACCAAACUAUUGCUGAUGGUGAACCUGAACAAUCAAAAUUAAAUCUAAUGUAAUCCCCGAUCAGCGUGUAGCCUACCUAUAGCCAGAUGAGUUGUGUCUACAGCGAUAACUUAGGCUACUUUUAUUCUGGUAAAACACAAUUUUCAACAGCACAUUUCAUAAAAUAAACUAGCAAAUUACAUGGGUUGUAACUCAACUAAUAUGCCUAAUAUUGCGCAAGCCAUUUUACAAACAUUUGAAUGCUGAAGGUGACGGGCAGAUAGAUGUGCCAGAUCAGGAAUAGCCGGUUUCGUUGGUCAGCGCGAAUCUGCGCACAGCACGCAGUUUGACUAGGCUGCUGAUAUUGCCUGGGGUUGUUCGGCAUUCAAAAUGCCUUGUAAAUCAAUGACUGUCAACAUAAUUACAUGCUUAGUUAGACACUGAAGGAUAGGAUGCAGUUGUCACAAAAGAUGAGAGGUAUUUUCAGAAGGUAGAAAGAAAGUAAUUUGAGCAAAACAUUUUAGUGAACCGUCAAUUUGAAUUGAUUUCUGACCGAUGCAUGCAACAUUUGGGGUCCUGCUGACCAACGCACAGGGACAGAUGCAUAUCUGUGAAUAGUUACAUCCCUAGUGGUUAUGCAUCCACCGCAGUUGCUGGAAGCAUGCUGAAAAGGACAUGUGAAAAGAAGAAAUCCUCCUGUGCUUGUAAAGUUUGGCUCGGGCCAGCACAAUAGUGUGAAACGAGUAGGCUACUAGAAAGGAGCUCAGGGUGUUACUAUGAACAUGUUAAGAGAAAUGAUAGGAAUUCAGAGGUUAUUAUUAACAUCUUAUGUUGAGUUAAUUUAUAUCCCACCACAUAUAAAAUUGCUAUUUUGGAGACAGGGGAUGUUCUUUAUUUUGGAAGCAGGGGAUGUUUAAACAAGAGGCUGCCUGGAUCUUUAAUUUAAAGACCCUUGCUCCCUUCGGUCUCAAUGUAGAGUUUGAUCUGAAGCCAUUCUUGGGAUUGUGUUUUUACUAUCCAUUGUAAAUAAUGUUUGUAGGCCUAUGUAGCCAAAUCGUAUCUAUGAUCAUAUGUUAUCCAUUCAUGCUUUUUUAUAUGUUCUAUUUAUAUCUGUAAAUCGACCAAUGAAAUCAAGCCACAGCCGGCCAUGAUUACAGACACCUGUGUGUGUCUUUUCAAACUAUAUAAACUAGUGACCCGCAGUGUUUGUCAUUAUACCCUGAUGAAGACAGCUUGUCUGUUGAAACGUUGGUUAUUACAUUAUUGCAUCUGAGCUAGAGUGUGCGGCUCUCCCUUUCUUUUUCAAGAUGUUCUUUAGCUGACCUGAACCAAGCUGCACUUAGCUGGCCUGGUUACAUAUCCACCAUAGUUGCAGGAACGGUGCUGGCCAGAAAAUAAGAGUCAGCACAGUUUGGUUCAAUAGUGUGAAAAGAGACCUGGGAAGCAACUGAAAUGUUAACAUGAAGAUGUUAUGAGUUAGGUCUAACUAGGAGUUAGCAUCUCGUCCCACCGCAUAUAAAAUGUAUGUUUUGGAAGCAGGGAUUGUUCUUAAGCUGAUGUUCAGAUAUUCACACCACAGACCAAUGAGACCAGGGCCGUUAUGGUCAAAGUUGGCUUUGCUUUCAUCCCCCUUCUUCUCUGAGAACAGUUAAUUUGGCAGCCACAGAGACAGUGGCUGCAUCCCAAAUGGCCCACUAUUCCCUAUAUAGUGCAUUAUUUUUGACCAGGGCCCAUAGGGCUGCUAUUCGGGACGCAGACACACUGACUCCAGCUCUCAUAAUACAGAGUCGGUCUUGUCUUCUGCUUUGUGGAUAUCGAGUUACGGAAGAACUAUUGCGUACAUUGAGUGAAGUAAUCCGGAUGGUAGAAUGGAGAAUACACUUAUUAUGUCGCUGCAAGUGUUUGUGAAUGCGCAAUAUUGGUUAAUGUGUGUGGGGGUGGGAUGGGGUGGGUGUGUUUGUGCAUGCGUGUGUGUGUGUGCGCAUGUGCUUCUAUCUGUUGUUUCUGUCUGUCUGUCCGUUCUCUCAGUUAUCUCUCAGAGGAGGCCAGCAGAUCCAGUCAUACCUGAGUGAGAUGCCAUGUCUCUCUGUCUGUUAGUGUCUGUGUGUCUGUCUCUCUGUUCUGACUGAACCUUUCAUCAUGUGUUUGAUGCAGGCCUGUGCCCACCGUUGGAAGAACGUCUACUAUGACUCUGAGCACAUCCUUCCCCAUGGUUACUGUUCCAUCAUCCCUCCUACGCUACAGGGCCGGACCCAAGCACUCAUCCCCUGCUAUGAAGGUACAGAAGUACAAACACGCGCACACACACACACCAACUGUACAGGACCAGACCCGAGCACUAAUCCCUUGGUACGAAGGUACAGGAAUGUCCUCAAUGGUUCUCAAUCUUUUUGGGUUACUGUACCCCUAAUUAGAUUUUGCUCUGCCUGAAGUACCCCCUCAUGAACGACUGCUCGUCUAUUUUCUCAUGAGUCUUCCAAAGUACCCCCUGCUUAUAGGCCAGUUACUCCGAUGGGUAAUAGCACCCCAUGUUGAGAAACACUGCUUUAGAUCCACUUCAUGAUAUCAGGAUUAGAUCAAAUAAUGUAGAGAUAGUUCCUUCCUGGUAAACUAUGCAUACAUGGAUGCCUUCAUUCUACAGACAGACAGUAAGGUCAUGGUUACUGCGCAUUAAUUUAAAUGGAAUUCUUCCAUCAGCCAAAUUGACUCACACUGUACACAACUUACAGACAGAGACAGACACAGAGACUUUACCAAAGUUUACUGAGUUUAUAAGGAGGAUGAGGGGGAGUGGGCUUGUGUGUUUAAGCAGUGUGUGUGUGUGUGUGUUUAAGCUGUGUAUACCCUCUGCCCUGGGUUAGACAGUGCAGGUAGUUUAUUAUGGCAUACGUUCUCUCCGGCUCUCACAAUGAGUUAUAGACUUACUGCACACACUCCAGAUCACUGACUGAUAUCCUGGCUUUAAAGGCUAGCUGGCACUCUUAGAGCCUUGAAGUUCUCUCUCUCUCUCUCUCUCUCUCUCUCUCUCUCUCUCUCUCUCUCUCUCUCUCUCUCUCUCUCUCUCUCUCUCUCUCUCUCUCUCUCUCUCUCUCUCUCUCUCUCUCUCUCUCUCUCUCUCUCUCUCUCUCUCUCUCACCAACUUAAGAGAGAAAUAUGAGCUCUCAGUUUGGCAGGAUGCAACACCUGGGUAUUCCAAGGACACACACACACUUCAUUAUGCUGCUAAAGGAUAAAAUAUUACACACACACACCCUAUGCAUCUAAUCAUAUGCAUUAUGAUCUGAAAGAAAAAGCUGAUCCUAGAUCAACACUUUGUGAAUCAUCCAAAUUCAGAUCCAGUACUGUAAGUUCAUAGAGUAUGAGUUGCCUAAUUCCCUUUUGGGACCACCCUUUUUUACAAUGUGUUAGGAGGGCUAUGCUACAGCCUGUACGAUUCUGAUCUAUAUAAGCAUUUACCUGUUCUACACAAGUGUCAUGAGCUUGCGUCCCAAAAGGCACCUUAUUCCCUACAUAGUGCACUACUUUUGACCAGAGCCCUAUGGGAUUUCCAAUGGGCCCUGAUCAAAAGUAAAGCACUAUAUAGGAAAUAAGGUGCCAUUUGGGACGCAGCCAGGAUUUCAUUACAUUAUUUGUUUUGAUUCGGUCAAGUGAGUUUCUUUUUCAAAGGCAUUUAUUUCUUGAUUUGACUCGCAGGUUUAGAUUUUUUUUUUUAGGUUUAGAUUUUUUUAGAUUUUACUUCCUUCCUUUCUGCUAUUGCUUCCAAUCGCACGGAGCCACUGCAGCUAGGCAGCUAAGCAUGCGCGCACACACACACACACUUCAGCUAGGCCUCAGAUGAGGCCAUGUGUACCCUGUGAUUCAUAGAGAUCCAAGCCCAAUAUUGUUCUGUAACUCGAGAGGUAGUGUCUCCCCAAGUGUGAGUUUAUGUUUUAUGUUGCCUUACUCUGUAGUUUUUCCUCUCAAAGUCUAACUCUGCUUCCCAAAUGGCACCCUAUUCCCUACAUAGUGCAAAACUUUUGACCAGGGCCCAUAGUGAAUCCCAUAGGGCUCUGGUCAAAAGUAGUGCACUAUAUAGUGAAUAGGGUGCUAUUUGGGACAAAGCCUAACUUUCUUCCUCCUGAUUCCAGAUUCCUACUUGGCUGGCGCUGAAGACUUUGACUAGGUCCAUAUGGAAUGCAGGAAUAAAAGGAGUAGAAGUGCUGGCUCAGGCACAAAGCGAAAUCAUUUGUGGUUUGUUUUUUCUUUGCAGACUAUAAGCAGAAGUAUGGGGAAGAGCACGGCUCGUGCCAAGCGGGGAUAGCGGGCGUUUUUACUGAG